UGCAACCUUCUUUUUUAAAAAGCUCACUCUCCAAAACAGGUACCUGGAGGUUUCCAAACCAAAAAUGAAAAGCAUUUGUUUUUAUUAAAAGAAAAUGUGGUUCCAUCUGAGUAGGCUUUUUCCUCCUAUGAUUCUCUUGGUAGCUUAUCUACUAUCAUGUCAGGAUACAGUUGCAGCACACAGUAAGCUAACAGGAUUGCUAUCCCAGAGGAGAGCAAGAAGACAAGCUAGAACACCUGCUCCUAUCGAUUGCCGCCUAAGUCAGUGGUCAGGAUGGACCGAAUGUUUCCCUUGUCAAGGAAGAAAACACAGAUAUCGAACUUUGCAACAGCCAGCCAAAUACAAGGGUAGCAUAUGUACCGGCCACCUUUGGGAUGAAGUUGCGUGCCAAUCAGCAGGAGAAUGUAUUGUGAGCCAAGACUGUGGAGCUGAUUUUCGCUGUGAAGAGACUGGUCGCUGCAUUAAACGCCACCUUGUAUGCAAUGGAGAACCGGACUGCAGAGAUCAAUCUGAUGAGGCAAGUUGUGAGGAUGCUGAAAGAUUCUGCGAUGAUCUGGAUCCAGUCCCCGGGAUCAGUAAAGUUGCACAGGGAUACAAUAUCCUUACACAAAAAGGGGCACAGAUAGUGUACGAUCCUGCAUUCUAUGGAGGCCAGUGUGAAACUGUCUAUAACGGAGAAUGGCGAGAACUGAAGUAUGAUGUGGCAUGCGAACGCCUGUAUUAUGGGGAUGAUGAGAAAUAUUUCCGAAAGCCAUAUAACAUCCACUACUAUCAGUUUCUUACACAUGCUGAUUCUGGCUUUUCUUCAGAGUAUUUCGAUGAUGCCAAGGACCUACUGAAUGCCAUAGAAAAGGAUACCUCUCGAAGUUAUGGCUUUACAUUUGGCAUAGGACCCGAAGAUUUCCCUUUGUCUCUGAGUAUAGGCAUUGGUUUAUCAAAGGGUCAGGGGACCCUGAGAAAUUUUACUGAAUACGCAGCAAAGAAUGUUGGAUUUAUUCGAGCUCUUACCAAAGUACAGACAGCCCGUUUCAAGAUGAGAAGAGAUGACAUCGUCCUGGAUGAAGAGAUGCUUCAGUCUCUGAUGGAGCUUCCAGAUCGGUACAACUACGGAAUGUAUGCCAGGUUCAUUAAUGAGUAUGGCACUCACUUUAUGACAUCUGGGACCAUGGGAGGCAUAUUCGAAUACAUCCUUGUGGUCAACAAAGAUGAGAUGAGAAAAAGAGGGGUUACAAGGGACAUGGUAAGCUCCUGUUUCGGUGGAUCGUUAGGGUUAGGCUAUAAACUUGAUGACGCGGACAUAACCAUAGGUGCCAGGGUGUCCUUCAAACACUGCUCAAAGGAUGGAAGCCAAAACAGAGAAACUCAAAAGGAAAAGGCAGUCAUCGAGGAUAUUAUUCCCCGGGUUCGAGGCGGAGACACGGCCUCGAUUGGAAGGCUGAUGGGAAGCUGGAACGCCAAUGCAUACCGUUAUUGGGGGAGGUCAUUAAAACUUAAUCCCACUGUUAUUGAUUUUGAGCUGCAACCCAUAACUGAAAUACUGCCUAGAACCAACCUUGCCAAUAUUGAAGCCAAAAGGCAAAACCUGAAGAGAGCUUUGGAUGAAUACUUAAUCGAGUUCAGUGCCUGCCGCUGUGGGCCGUGCCAGAACAACGGUGAACCGGUGCUGAUGGGGUCCUCCUGUGUUUGCGAGUGCCAGCUGGGUUCAGAAGGACCAGCGUGUGAGAACACCAGACAGAGGGGUCGUCCAACGGAUGGUGGUUGGAGCUGCUGGACACCAUGGACUCCCUGCCAAGCUGGAUCUAGAAGACGGACAAGACAGUGUAUCAACCCAGUUCCUCAAAAUGGUGGUGCCAUGUGCACAGGGAAGAGUGUACAAAUACAGGGAUGCUAACAUCUCACCAUGAGUGGGCUAAUGAGUUGGGUUGCCAAACAAGAAAAUGAUUGUGUGAGUGCUGAGUCAAAAGCAUUGGGCCAUUAAUAUCGGUGAUAAAGGUGCCCAACAGAGUGAAUAAAAGGGGGGGGAAUUGGGGAGAGGGGCUCAUUGCUUAGGGCCUAACAACUAUGGCAGCUAUUCUAGUUGUCAUGUAUAAGGUUGUAAUGAAAAGGAAUAUAGCCCCCCCCCCCCUAAAACAAAAUAUGAAAGGAAAGGGACUGCAAUAAGAGUUACUGGCCUGCAAUAUCACAGACUGACAAUUACAACAGGGCUGUGCAGAAGCUCACCCGCCUCCACGUGCACAUUCAGUGUGCAGCAUAGCUGCCAAGUUCUCCCUUUUUUAAAGGGAAAUUCCCUUAUGCUGAAUAGGCUUCCUCGCAAGAAAAGGGAAAACUUGGCAGCUAUGGUGUGCAGAGCAGCACUGGGUGUAGAAGAGCUGCCUCGGGGUUAUGUUUGUGCAAUUUCCUCCACCAUGGGACCUGCUUGCAACUAAAUCACUUCCACGUUUCGAUGUUGUGGCAAGUGUGGAGUCAGUUGGAAACAGUGCAUGGAGGAACAAGGUGUUACACAACCACUUCACUACAAGGCCAAGUGGAUACAACCAGAGUUUAUUGUGUCUGUAAUUCUCAUGGCUGAUUCAAAUAACCACUUUUUAUCCCCGCCCCCCUUUGCUGCUAUGACUGGGCCAUUUCAGCAGUCUAACAAAGCCCCAUUUUCUUAUUUAGCCUCCACAAAAGGCCAUUUUGUGUUAGUUUUGCAAUAGUGUGCUAAAUCAGGAGCUCAUGCACAUAGUUUAACACAGCCAUUUU